GGUUGGAAAGAGAGAGGGGGAGAGAGGGAGCGAGGGCUGAGGAGGAGAAGAGGUCGUGCUGCUCUCUCUCUGAGCUGAAGAAAGUCCCUAAGUGUUACGUGGAGCUGGAGCCACUGUCCUUCAGCAGAACUCACACCGUCCUCAUAGAUGUGAAUGAGAUCCACCCUAAAUCGACAUUAAAAGCUCAGUCUGGACAGCAUGUGUGGAACAGGGACUUUGUUAAGAUGCCCUGCUCACCAGAAAGCCUCAUCAAGACUGGAUCGGUAAUCAGCUUUGAGCGAGGUCGGUGGGAGGUGGUCUUUAAACAACUGGAUAGUCUGGCCAAGAAGACCACUGCAUCAGUGGGUGACGUAGAGAAAGCCAUAAAGAAAUACAACCCAAAGUAUGAAAACCAAUGGUCCUUUGAUGCCCUGCACACCUUUGUUCAGGAAGCGCCUAAAGAAGAGAACUACUACACUUCUGUUUUUCCUAAGAUAGCAGAGCUGGCCUCCAGACUGCCUCACCAUAUCAAGAAGGCCAUUCCCCUGCUCCAGAGAGGCCAGACUCAUUCCAUCACGUUGUCCCAGAGUCAGAUAGCUUGUCUGCUGGCCAAUGCCUUCUACUGCACCUUCCCCCACCGCAACUCCCCCAACCCCAGAGCAGAGUACAACAACUACCCCACCAUCAACUUUAACAGUCUGUUUGGAAAGUGGUCUGAGAGGAAGAGAGAGAAGCUGAGAGCCAUCCUUCAUUACUUCCACACUGUCACAGACCAAGCGACCAGGCCCAGUGGACUGGUGACCUUUGAGAGGCGCUACAUCAGCGACAGAGACAUGCCCAACUGGAGGAGUUGUAAGGAGACUGUUCCUAAACUCCACGUCACCUCAGCAGGCUGCAUAGAGGAACAGGGAACAGGGAUGCUACAGGUGGACUUUGCCUGUAACAUGAUAGGAGGUGGAGUUUUGGGCUCAGGUCUGGUUCAGGAGGAGAUUCUGUUCCUGAUGAACCCAGAACUCAUCGUAUCUCGACUCUUCACUGAGAGACUAGGAGACAACGAGUGUCUCUUCAUCACAGGCUCUCAACAGUUCAGUCAGUACAGUGGCUACAGCGACUCUUUUAAGUGGAAAGGGCCUCACAGAGACAACAUUGAGAGGGAUGAAUGGCAGAGGCUACACAGGCAGAUUGUAGCCAUGGAUGCUCUCCACUUCAGACACCAGAGAGAACAGUACAACAUGAGACAGGUCACCAGGGAACUCAACAAGGCGUACUGUGGCUUUAAGGCAGGUGACAACACUCACCCAGACCUCCUUCCUGACAUCGCCACGGGCAACUGGGGCUGCGGAGCCUUCAAUGGAGACCCCAAACUUAAAGCUCUGAUCCAGCUGAUGGCUGCAGCCAGGGCUCAGAGGGGCGUGGCCUUCUUCACCUUCAAGAACUUCAGUUUGGAGAGAGAGCUGCAGAACAUGCACCACCUACUGGUCACACACAGAACUACAGUGGGUAAACUGUAUGAGUUGCUGGAUGACUACUGUGCUGUGAUACAGUUGGCUCACACACAUGUGGACCUGUUUGACUGGAUCAGGAACACCCUGAAACACAGGAGUCAGCUGUGAGGACACAUCUCAAUACUCUAAAGGAGCUUCCUUUCCUUGUCUCCUUUCCUUUUUUCAUUAUUGAGAUGCACCCCAGAGAUAGAGUGGCUCUAUGAAUGAUCUGUGGAUAGAAACAUGGUACAAUUCCAAGUAGUGGUUGAUUAUGAAUGUGUUUGUCUUUUCACUACUACACAUUUCCUAAAUCAAACUGAGAAGGUAUACAGGGCUUUAUAACUGAUGCACACUGACAUAUUUAGUUAAUAAUAUAUAAUAUGCCAUUUAGCAGACGCUUUUAUCCAAAGCGACUUACAGUCAUGUGUGCAUACAUUUUUA